AGCAACAGCAGCACAGGCGGUACAUGCCAUACUACUACCCUUCCUGCUCUUGUACGCACACCUACCCUGAUGAUGCAGCCUUCACUGGAUAUCAAACCAUUUAUGUCUUUUCCCGUGGACAGUAGUUCUGCUGUUGGGCUCUUUCCAAAUUUUAACACAAUGGAUCCUGUGCAAAAGGCAGUCAUUAACCACACAUUUGGAGUAUCCAUUCCCCCAAAGAAGAAGCAAGUUAUUUCUUGUAACGUCUGUCAGCUUCGCUUUAACUCAGAUAGCCAGGCCGAGGCCCACUACAAAGGAAGUAAACAUGCCAAGAAGGUCAAAGCACUAGAGGCAACGAAAAAUAAACCAAAAAUGGUUUCUUCCAAGGACAGCGCAAAGGCUAAUCCCAGCUGCUCCAUCACUCCAAUCACAGGCAACAGCUCUGACAAAUCAGAGGAUAAAGGGAAGUUAAAAGCCAACGAUUCCAGUCAGCCAUCAGGCUCUGAAGGUGUCUCAUUCCUCCUCAAGUCUGGCUCAACACCCUUGCCACCUGGGGCAGCCGCUUCUCCCUCCAAAAGCACAAAUGGAGCUCCUGGCUCUGUUGUUGAAUCAGAAGAAGAAAAAGCCAAAAAAUUACUUUAUUGUUCACUAUGCAAAGUGGCUGUGAAUUCCCUAUCACAGCUAGAGGCACACAACACAGGAUCUAAACACAAGACUAUGGUUGAGGCUCGUAAUGGAGCUGGUCCAAUUAAGUCCUAUCCUAGACCUGGAUCAAGAUUAAAGAUGCAGAAUGGCAGUAAGGGAUCAGGACUACAGAACAAGACAUUUCAUUGUGAAAUCUGUGAUGUUCAUGUUAACUCAGAAAUUCAACUCAAACAGCACAUUUCUAGCCGAAGGCACAAAGACCGAGUUGCAGGGAAACCACUGAAGCCGAAAUACAGCCCUUACAACAAACUCCAGCGGAGCCCAAGCAUUCUAGCAGCAAAACUUGCAUUCCAGAAAGAUAUGAUGAAGCCUUUGGCCCCAGCCUUCCUGUCCUCGCCCCUGGCAGCUGCUGCAGCUGUGUCCUCUGCGCUGUCACUGCCGCCUCGGCCGUCUGCCUCGCUCUUCCAGGCUCCUGCCAUCCCACCAGCGCUCCUGAGGCCAGCAGGGCAUGGACCCAUUCGUGCCACUCCAGCCUCCAUCCUCUUCGCCCCAUACUAACAUCUGCAAGCCCCAAGACAAUGAAGGCCAGUAAGAAAGUUGAGUAGAGCCAAAAGGAUUCAGUGAAGUAAGCAUUUUGUGUUUCAGUAAGUAAUCCCACCAACCUACCCGCAAAAUGCAGCCUGCCACCGAACCCACCUCCAAAGAAAAACGCAUCACUAGAUUCAAGAGUAAUGUGAUGGCCCGCUCCUGUCAUUUAGGAUUUUGAGCACAUAGGCUUUAUCCUCCCUGCCCGGUCCCACUCCCAUUUACUCCAUUCAAUUGGUGUACCUGAGAUAUUUGGUUUCUUAAACAAGUAUCGAUCAAAAAAAGACAAGAAAAGAAAGAAAAUCAGUCUCUAUUUUUCCAUGGGUGUAAUAUGGCUUAGUAACAAUAUGGGAUAUUUUCCUGACAGACUUGAAAACUAGGAUCUUCCUCACAUGUCUGUAAAUAACUCUGGAAUCCAACCAGGCGUAUGCUAGUGUGGAACAAAAAACCAAAUACAAGUGCUUACUUGUGGAUACCACCUUACCAACGGAUCACAACGUUUUCUUUUUUGGUGUACUGUUGUCAACAGGGAUUGUGUACUGUUUUAGAUCCAAGUACUUUGUAUCCUGUGUAGUACUAGGUUGUAUCUCUUGUCUGAAUUCAACAUUUUUAAUUGCUGUGUAAUUGUUAGGAAGCAAAGUAGCUUUGAAUUUUCUCUUUAAGAGAACAAACGAUAAUGUAUUUUCUUUAUUUCACAUCUUAUUUGGAGAUAUUUAAACAAAAUAGAAAGCCAUAUAACAUAGGUAUAUUUACUACCUGUUUGCUAUUUUUAUUUAACUUAUUUUGUAGCUUCCUUACCAGUUUGAGUUGCUAAGCGAACAUAUACAACUACAAAAAGAGCUUCCUAAAUUGCAUAUUUUUGCACCUCCUGUGCAUUCUGCAAGAAGACAAUGACUCCAUGUACUUCUACGUAAUUAUCUUCAUUUUUAACUUGUUUUCAUUUGUAAUGAUGCUACAUAAUUUUGUGGCUCCCUAAUGCAAUAAUGUACAGAAGAUAUAAAGUUUAUAAUUGAACAGUUUGUCUUUCUGUUCACUGAAUAUGUUGCAGGUCACCCACCCAUGUCCCCCUUUCUAAGCUGAUGUCAACAAGACUGGAGUGUUUGUGAUAUCUGGGGCAACAAAAUAAAGUGAACUCUCUUAGAGUAUCUAUAUCGGCAAUCUGUAAAUGGUAAAAUGUCUGUGUAUUUUUUUAAAUGUACCUUUUCAAUAAAAGUACAAAAAAUAAAAA